CCCUUUUUGAUGCAACUUUUGAGCAGCAUCAUGUAGACACCUCAGUAGAGGGUGAAGAGCCCCUGAUUCAUUGUAAACGCCAAAAACCUUCACUGCGCGCCAAAGAACAGAGGCUGGUGGUUCGUCUUCUGGAUUCUGGAGAGAGCAGUGGGGAGAGGUACACUCAGAUACAGGCAGUUGUCUGGAGCAACGCAGUGGAGUCCAAACAGGAAGCAGAAUGGACUGUGAUUCCAGAGGUGGAGAGAUCCUCUGAGCAAAAAGCACUGAAGGGCAGAAGGCCAUCAGUGGAGGACCCUACGGACCAAAUGGAAAUUCUCAACACGGAACAGGAUGGAGAAAGCAAUGCAAAGUCUGAGGCGUGGACAUCUGAGUUGGACCCCCUGAAAACCAAAGAACAGAAAACAGAAAGGAGAAGUUUCCAGAUUGAGAAAGAUGGAUCAGAGAAGUUGGGUUUUGUCCAGAGAAGAGGUGAAUUGUUGGCAAAACUGAAGGAGACGAAGGUCAUGGCAGAGAAACUGGAGCUAAAGGAGCCCAGCUUACCAGCUCUACAGCAGAGGACACGGGUCUUAAUGGAGCUGGAAAGUCUCCUCGCUGGCCUCCUUCCCGAAGUUCAGCACAUACGUGGCACCUCCCCACCAUCAGAAAAUCUCCAUGAGGGUCAGUCAAGAGAAAUAGAAGAACUCUGGGAGGAGGUGACGAAAGCUGUGGCCGAAUGCCUGGAGCAGUGCUCAGCCCUGACGGACCUGCUGAGGAGGUUCCAGAGCAUUCGUGCAGAGAUGAGUGGAACCAUGCAGAGAGCUGAGGGUGCCAUCAGCCAACAGGCCUUUUACGUGGGGAAAGAAAACCUGUUAAGGCUUUACGCAAAGCUCAAGGAAACACGAUCAGAACUGAACGAUCUCGGGGAGAACGUUGAGGAUCUCCGCAGAGUCUGCAGGCAGCUUCAUGCUCUUCUCCGUCAGGUUCCUGGCUGCACCGCCGCGUCAUUCCAGGGCGAAGCAGAAGCUUUCAUGGACCGUUGGUUGGAUGUGUCAGAAAGAACGGAGUCUGGCCUCGAUAAUCUGCAUCUCUGCUUGACUCUGUGGGAUGGAGUUCUUCAUCUUGAGACAGAAGUGAGCUCCUGGACCAACCACAAACUAGCAGCAUUUGCUCAGUCUCCAUCCUUUGAAAAUGAGAAUGAAAUUGAGACAUUAAAGCACGAGAUUGUGACUCAAGAGGAGAGUAUUGAGCACUUCCACAAAAGAAUCCUGGAGAUUCAAGCACUGCUUCACAGUGCGGACGUCCCUCUGGAACUGCAGCUGUUACAGACCCAGAUGAGGAAGAAAUUAGAUGCGCUGAAGGAUCUUGUUUCUGAGGCAGAGGAGGUUUAUAAGCAGACGGUUGCCACUAAAGGACAGAUUACUGGACGAAUGAUGGACUGCAUGAGCGCCCUGCAGAAGAUCCAAGACUCCCUCCUCACUCUUGGUGGUCCGGAUGCUGCAACAGUGCUCGCCAAACUGAAGGAGUUAUGCUGGCAGCUUCACUCUCAGGAUGAAGAGGCUGCCAGUGCGGUGGAAGAUGUGCGACUUCUGGGCUCCAUAGGGAAUCCAAGGGGCCUUCAGGAUUUGUUGAAGAUGGAGUCUGAGCUUCAGGAGAAAGUCAGGAACACUCACCAGAUCUUUGCAGAAGUGAAGGAGCAGACCGAGAGAAGCCUUCAAGAUCUAAACAGAACCAUCAGUUUGACUCCCGAGGCUACGGGCUACGCCUCCCAGCAGGUAAGUCCCCUCCAAAACCACAAGAGGGCAACAGAGAUCCACCUCAGAGCUCAGCUGGAUGGGAAUCGAACUCCGGCAGAGGCGGAUGACAGCAGGACUGUGGACACACUCACACAGCAGAGGAACGUCACACAGGAGGAGGAGGAGCUUCCUGCAGACGGCAGCAGGAUGGUUGCCUUUCAAAAGAAACUGGAGUUUCACAAAAACACAGCAAGGACGUUUGGAGAAUUAAGCAGUGGCCUUGGUGGAUGGAGCAGAACAGAAGCCACCUCUUUUCAGGUGGAUCAGGAUGAAGGUUUGCUCCCUCGGCCAUCCCUUCAGAGAGUUCUGGUUGGGCACAGCUUUCCCCUCCGCUGUCUGCAGGAAGAAGAGGCGUCUAGUCUGGAGAGAAGAGGUUCAAGAGAGAACCAAGGACUGGAAACUCUGCCCACAUGCUUGAAUCCACAGGUCGGUGAAGGCGACGGCGCUAAGGAAGGCGGUUCUGCUGCCUGCUUAUCAGUUACAUCUGCGGAAGAUCAAAGCCGAGUGACGGAGGAACUCCCUCAAGCCUCCAACUAUCAGCUUCCCCAAAGAGGAGACAUGGAAGUAGAUCCUGAGAGAAAGUUUGGAGUCUGUGCAGCUGCAGCAGACCUAGAGGUCUGGAGUUCAACUGGACAAGAGGAACCACAAGCUCAAGGAUCAAGCCGCUGUGAGGACCUCAGGAGAUCAAGAAAAGUGCUCACUAUAGUUUUGGACCUGCAGCAAACGGCAAACAUCUAUGAGAGCAGCUCAGAGGACAUCAGACGGAACGCUGAGCUCCCAGAAGCUGCAAACUCCAGGUUCUGUAGGGUGAAGCCGACAUUCUCAACUGUUUCUCUUGGUUCUGGACAGACUCAAGCUACCCAGAAAAGAUCUUCUCCAAAUCCUCCUGCUGGUGUGAAGUUUUUAGAUCCAGAAACGCUGGAGAGCUGUGAGUCCACCUGCACGGGUGAGGAUUUCAAAGAAGUGACAGAGGACGUGGCAGCUGAGAACAACGUCUGUCUGCAAACUGAAGGAAGGAAAACCACGCCAACUGGAACGCCAAAGCAGAUCCAGGAGAGCAUGGACCCUGACAGGUCAGCUCUGGGUUUACCUGCCUGUUUGGCUGCUGGGGAGGCAGCAGGUGGAUCGGCAGAACCCAGCUCCACCAUGCAGAGCCUUUUCUCUGAGAUCCAGAGCGCUGUGGCAAGCAGCGACAUCAUCAAGGGAACACGACAAACUGAUCCGAAUUGGCGCCUGCAGCCCGCUCACCAGCAGACUGACGCUCUUUUGGUGCGAACCGUUCAACAGGUUCUGACCUGUCGGUAUCAGCCCGCCCAGCUCAGUCUCACCGCCAUGACGAAGCAACUGGAGGAGGCUCAGGAGUACAGACGUCAAGUGCAGGAUCACAUGGUUGAAAUGAGAAUCUCCGCCCCUUUUGUUCCUGGCUCCAACGUGAUGGAAAAGGCUGAGGUUCUGUGGAGUACAGCACUUGUAGAUGCUUCUGCCACAGUGGAGGUGAAGGCAGCACAACUGGAUCAGGUCAGACAGUUUCACCGGGACAUGAAGGUCACCAGGGUGUUCCUCCAGGUUUUAGCCACAGAGAAGGAAGCUAUGAGCUUAGAUGCUCUAGAAAGCAGCGCGGUUCAGGUAGAAAGACUUGGUGCUCUGCUGCAAACCAUGGAGAUGAAGAAACCCACAGUGGCACUUUUACUUCAGCUGGGUAGUCAGUUAUCCGUCCACCUAAGUGACGAUAGUUCUGGCGCCCUGAUCGCUCAGCUUGGAGAUGUCCAGGAAGAAUGGAGGCUUCUGGAAGGAAAUAUCAAAAGAAAUCUGCGACAGGCGACCAACUCCACCUCUCAGUCUUUGCUCAUUUUACAAGAGGCAGAAGAACUUCAGACAAAACUGGAAAGUCUUCUAAAAUGUGAAGCCAACAAUCCUUUGGAAUAUCUCUGUCUUACUGCUGACCUGAAACUGUAUAAUCAGCUUUGUUUUAAGCUACAGUCCCGAUCGGAUGCCCUGGUCAGCUUUCCUCUGGGUAAGAAGGAGAAGACAGAGAUAGAACAAAGUCUCAAAAGGUUAGGCUCCUUGUUGGGAGUCACUAAGACAAAGUUUGCCUCCUUCAACCGAUGCAACAGACCUUCAAGUGAGAUCAACCGGCAAUUUAGAGACUUGAUCUUGUGGGCAAAGCAGGUGGAGAACCGGCUCUCGGCUGGUCAAAACCUGGCUCUUUUUCCUGAGGAAGCUCGUAUUCAGAUCGGGGAAAUGAGUAAACUACAUAUGGACAUUUUGCGCAAGCAUUCCAAAGUGCAAGAAGAACUCAAACCGUUGAAAAGCGAAGCCAGUUAUAGUGAAGCAGUCAAGACAGUUGAAGAACUUUAUCUGGCCAUUGGUCGCGGGGUGGAUCAUGCUCUUGACACCAUGAAGACACAUCUCACAGACAGAGAGAAACUCCUUUUCCAGUUUGCUAGCCUGGAUUCUUGGCUAGCAGAAACCCAAGCUCAAGGACAGUCUUUCACCCAGGUGGAGAGCGUAUCUGAAAAGGAUAUGGGUAAGCUGAAGAGUGAGCGACAAAGCCACAGGUUAGCCAUAGUGGAGAUAAAAAAACAGCUGACAUUGAUGGAGGCACUUUCUGAAAGCUGUGCAAAAAUAUCUGCUGGUUUGGGACCUGCAGAGAGCCGCUUCCUUGUCAACAGGCUUUCAGGUCUUUGGAUGGAGCUGGAGGGACUGCUUGCUCAUGAAGAAGCUAUAACUUGGGAGCUGGAAGAGCUGAUUCAGGAGUGGAAUUCUUCAAAUGUAGAGUUAGAUGCCAUUCGAUUGAGCUUGGAGCACAUUUCUGCUGAAUUAGACCAACAGAGGUUUCCUCCCACAGACGGUGUGUUGGCUCUGAUAGCCCAUGUGAGCCAAGAGCUAAUAGAACAUCAAUGGCAAGUUCAAAAACUUCCACACUGUCAAGAAGUCCAGAGAAAGACUAUUCUGCACUUGAUUCGAGAACUACAGGAAAAGUGCAAGGCUCUUACCAUUAGUGCCUUUGAGCAAGGCAAAUAUCUACAUCUUCGGAGACAAAUGGAAGAAUAUAGAGACUUUGCAAAGGAACAAAUUCAGCAUACCAAAAAUGAAGCUUUGAGUGUGGCUGAAAGGUUUAAAAAAUGCCAGACUUUACUUGUUAAACUUCCUUUAAUAAAGACUCAGAGUCAAGAAGCAGCUGAUCAACUUGAGGAAGUCUCCAAAGAUUUGGAACCUUCGCAACUUUUAAAAGAGAGGGACGCAAUUCGCCUCACAUUAGAUACUUUACUCUCCUGGGAGGAAUCUGUGACAGAAGAUAUCAAACACCUUGAAUCCAAGCUUUUGGAGAGUCUAGAUCUUGACUCAGAACUCCCUUUCUUGAUCAAACUGUUUCAAAGUGCAAGAAAAGGACUGGAGAGCAUUCAACCGGUCACUCCUGAGGAUAAGGCCAUAGAUGCUGAACUGCAGCAGUUCUGGAUGAUUUGGAGAAAUAUGGAGUCUGGGAUACGAAUGUUGGAAGGACUGAUUCAGAAGGAGAAAGUUGAUGUGGAAAACUACAAAGAGCUGUUUUUAAUUAGAGACGCAGCCAUGAAAGAGUGCCACUCAUGGAUGGUGAGUCUGUCCCAGGCUAGGGAAUCCUUAAAGGAUUACCAUUGGGCUACUCAGGGAGCAAUGGCCUUCCUCCAUAAUGCUGAAGCAAUAUUCCUGUCAGCCCCAGGAGGGUUUUUAGAUUGCACGGAAGAACAUCAACGGACCCAGCAGGCAUUACAGGAACUGGAAGAGGAAUUCCAAGCUCAUAUUUGCCAACUUAUGGAGCGGCUGCCCCAGCAACCCUGCCUUUUGUGGCAAGAUCUUGAGCAGCUCCAUGUUGAAAUAGUCAGCCAAUUGCUGGUGGGAAGGGUCAUCCUGGAGGCUCAGGCACAGCUCAGAUUGGAGAGGCUGGACAGGUUUGAACUACAACGGCAAAGUUACAUAGUUACAUUUCACGAGGACAUGAGUGAAAGUCUGUCACGAGCCAAAGCCAGACUGUUAAAAUGUUCUACAGAAGGGAUGUCAUAUGAGAAAUGUGUCGCCCAACAAGAAGAAGUUAAGCAUUUGACGGAGGAUCUUUGCAACCUUGCUGGAAAGAUCGAAGAACUGAGCACUGGAUUUCCAAUCCGAGGUUGCAAGUUCGUAAAAGAUGGUAAGCUUCGAGUCUUAUGGAGUCGCUGGAUAUCACUGCGACGAAAUGUUGGCCUCCUGGCUGCACGCAUAGAACAGCGAAGAGAGGAAUGGAUGGACAUCAAUACAAAUAUGAACCACUGUUGCAGCUUUUUGGCUUGCCUUCAAACUGGAGUUCAAGAUCCAGCUGUUAACUUUGAUCAUGAAGAACCCCAGGAGGUUCUCGCUCAGGCUGAAAUAUACCAAGCAGGCCUGGAACAGGAGCAGCAGGUCAUUUCCUCUCUUGAACAUCAGCUGGAGCAUGCCUUUAGCUUAUUUGCUUCCCAGAAAGCUAUUGGCCCAGGACCUGUCAGCAAAACCCUGUUCAAGAUCCGAGAGAAUACUCAGAGCUUACAAGAGAGAAACCUGCUGGUUGUGGCUGCAGCCCAAGCGGAAGAGACCGAGAGACAACAUCUCCAAGAAGAGUUGGGAGACAUGGAGAAGCAUCUGUUAACAAUCCUUCCAACACUUGAAGUCUGUUUAGAUCCAAACAACAGACAGGAACUGAAGGAAGAGUUGUGUGCCCUGAAAACAAAACUGACAAGUACCGCAGACAGUAUACAAAGUCGGUAUGCAGAUGUUCCUGAUCACAUUAAAAAGCAGAUGAAAAUGGUUCAACAGUAUUUCCAGACAGCAGAGGAGACGCUCCAGGAGCAAACAAACCGAGCAGAAAAGCUUGGCAGAAGAAUCAGAGGUUUGGAUUCAGAAAUGGAAAAAGUGAAAACAUUACUGGAACAAAAAAAUCCAACUUUAACUGAAGCUCAAAAUGCCUUAAAGCACGUGUGGGAUGAACUGGAGGCAUGGCACAGCAGCUUGAUGAUCCUGGAGAGUGACGUGCAAGAUCUUGCAGAGGAGCAUCCUCAUGAAGCCCAGCUUCUCAUGGACCUGCUCACAGAACCUCUACAGCUCUACCAAAGUGCAGCAUGGAUGGCAGAGCAGCGCACAGCCUUCCUCAGCAGGGUUCCCGCUCAUCUUCAAGAGUUUGAAGACAUUUUAAACAGAGCCAUCUGCUGGUUGGAUGAAGCUCAGACAUGGCUGAGUCUUCCCUGCUCUUUCACAAACCUCAAGAGCCUCCAGAACCAUGCAAAGUCCUUGCAGUUUUUGCUGGACGACUCUGAGAGGAUCAGACAUUCUCUGCAAAGGUUCAGGUCCAUGCUGCAGGACGUUGCAUCUGUGUGUGAUGUCAGUUGCCAGGAGAAACGUCUAGAGGAGAGCGACCAACAAGUCUGCGAGACGCAGGACGCCAUCAAGGAACCGCUGCAGCGCCUCCUACAGGCUGUUGCCGUUGUGGAAAUGAUUGAAGUUGACCUGAAGGCCAUGGAGAAGAAUGUUGCAAGAAUCCAGACCAUUUUGUCGUCUGUGGACAUGUCGAACGUUAGUCUGAUAGAGCAUCUGAGCAACUGUCAGGUGAUCCGGGCCAAUCUGCAGUCAAUGGACAGCAGUUUAGAAGAUAUUGAGAGCUGUAAAGGAAAGCUUCACAUUGCAGAAGAAGCAGAGGAGAAGCUCCCCAUCUUUUCCAGAGCCAAGCUGCUUCAGCAGCAGCUGCAGGAGCUCCACCAGGUCACCCAAGAUCAAGUCUGGGAGUUGCAGAACAGGAUGAAGGAAGAAGACGCCACAAAGAACGUUGGCGUUUCCAAAACUUCUGAUUCCCCGACUGAAAUUCAGUACCAGAUCAAAAGUGAAGACUUACCUUUAAUACAGGUAAUAUUAAUCACAGAGAAAUAA